CCUGGAGCUAGUUACCGUAAGCUGUGAGCCCCCUGAUGUGGGUGUUCAGGUUCUGUGCAAGAGGAGUACGUGUUCUUAACCGCUGAGCCAUCUUCCCAGCCCCUGGGCAGCCUGUUUUGGCCUCUUCUGUGAGUUUCCCUGAAGAAGGGGUUAAAGCUUCUCUCAGCGAGGCUAUAAGGGAGGUACCUUGUUGGAGGUAAUAGUGUUGCAGAACUUGGGAUUGUGGGAGGCCCUGGUUCCUCUGGAUCACCUUGCUUCUCGAGGCUGUGCAGCUGUUGUGGAGGCGGCGGACUAGAAUUGCCCUAAAUCUUUGGAAUAUUUUAUGGGAGACAACUACACCUGUAAAUAGGGGUGAGAUUACAUCUUUUGGUUCUCAUACUUGAAUUCACCAGGUUUGGUUUUAUCUUUUCGUUUAUACGUAGGCAGGGAGGAAUCUUGUCUCUCGAACAAGCCAGAAAUGUCUGGAGAGUGAGCAGCCAGGGGAAUCCAGUACUUCUGGAAAGCUGCUCAAAACACUGGGUCACGCUCUUGGGUCAGCGAACCAAGUGUGUGGUUUGGAGUUUCGCUGAUACCAGUUGCUACGGAUGUAAUUUUUACAGGCUGCUUGAGCUAUACCCUUGUGAAGAAAAAGGUAGAAACGAAGGUGGGUUGGGAGCCGGGUUAGGUCAAUGGAGGUUUCCGGGAGCCGCCCUUCGGGCCCGAGGCGCUUCCCCCCCAGCCUGCAGAGGGCGCUGUGGGCGCCUCCGCCACACGGCCCCGCAGCCUCCCCGGGGAGGAGCCUCUCCUGUAGCCGCCGCCGCCGCCGCCGCCGCCGCCGCCUCCGCGGUCGCAAACCCGGAAGAAGCCUCUGGUUGCUGGACUGUACCGGCCGGCUUGGCAUUGCCAUGCAGCCCGAGGAGGUAGGUCUGGUUCCCGCUCCAGCGAGGGAGCCGAGACUGACCCGCUGGCUGCGGAGAGGCAGUGGGAUCUUGGCGCACCUGAUAGCUUUGGGCUUCACCAUCUUUCUGAUUGUGCUGUCCCGGCCAGGAACCAGUCUUUUCUCCUGGCACCCUGUGUUCAUGGCCUUGGCGUUCUGUCUCUGCAUGGCUGAAGCCAUCCUUCUCUUCUCACCUGAGCACUCCCUCUUCUUCUUCUGCUCUCGAAAGACCCGGAUCCGACUCCACUGGGCAGGGCAGACCAUGGCCAUCCUCUGUGCUAUCCUGGGCCUGGGCUUCAUUAUCUCCAGCAAGAUCCGCAGUGAGCUGUCCCAUCUGAUGUCCUGGCAUAGCUGGAUAGGAGCUCUGACACUGUUGGCCACUGGGGGACAAGCACUGUGUGGGCUUGGCCUCCUCUGUCCACGGGCAGCCCGGGUCUCAAGGGUGGCUCGCCUCAAGCUCUACCAUCUGACAUGUGGCCUGGUUGUCUACUUGAUGGCUACAGUAACCGUGCUCUUGGGCAUGUACUCAGUGUGGUUCCAGGCCCAGAUUAAAGGUGCAGCCUGGUACCUGUGUCUGGCACUACCAGUGUACCCAGCCCUGGUAAUCAUGCACCAGAUCUCCAGCGCCUACUUGCCAAGGAAGAAAGUGGAAAUGUGAAUGCCUCAGAACUCUAAACCUAGGUGAGAUCCUCUCCUUGGACUUCAGCAGUUCCUUGAUCUUCACGGGACCCGCUUCAGAAGCAGAUGCAUUUUUGCACUUCAUGGCUGAGCCACAGGGUGCAGAAACCCUAACUGCUACUGCUGAGGGAUGAUCUGGUGGGCUCCAAUGGGGAAAUGUACUACUGGGUGCAAGUAGAAGGUUCUGGAGGACCUGAAGCCUCACUUUUGAUGGGAUACAGAAGCAUUAGGUGGUGGUGGUGGUGGUGGUGAUGGUGAUGGUGGUUAUUACUUAUGUGCCUGAUGAAGAGUUGAGUUCCUGUUGGUUAUGAAUGACAGUCACAGAUAUUGGGGGCCCUUUUGGAAAAGCAGUACUGUGGAGAGCCUAUGGUCUCUUAGGCUGUGUUGUACAACUAACCUUAGACACGUUUCAUAUCUCAGGACCUCAGUUUCCCCAUCUGAAAGUCCCUUACCUUUAACAUUCAGUAUCUGGCAGACGGUUGUCACUGAAUACCCUCUUAGCUCUGGACCAUGCGGACAGCUCAGGAUGUAAUUCUUUCAUCCAUUCCUCAGAAUUUCCUUCAGAAAUCUGUGCUGACUUGACUCCUGAGCCAAGGAACAAGGGCCAUGAACUGUGGAAAGAAGGGGCCAACGUGAGGGUGCCCUGGACAAUAAGAUAGUGAAGGCACUAAAGUCACUUUGAAGGUCUUUGGAGGAACAGGAGGGCAUUGGCCUUAGCCAAGCCCUGGACUCUUGGAUUCCUUAGCUCAGCUAAGGACUUCCUGCAGGCUACCUCUGGGUCUAGAUUGUAGAAUCUGGGUAUGCUCUUGACAUCAUUCUCAGGGCAGAGUGGUUCUGGGCAUCUUGCACUUUGCUCUUAGGGCUUAGAGUAUUUACUUAGCACAUUGCUCCAGGGAACUAUUCUGAAGCUUUUAGAACAAAAUAAACACUAGGGAGUGGGGCCCUCUUGAUCCAAGGAACAUCGUGUCUCCCUGGUUGCCUGUCUUUCCUCGUCAUUUAAGUUCUCCUUAGUUGUCUCCUGCCAGCCCCUUGGCUUGAGAAUGGGGUGAUUUCACUACCAACUGGGCUCUCUUCCCUGCCAAGAUACCUCCUUGGUCCAGCUGAGUUCCCCAGAGCACCCUUGUUGGUGAGGGCUGGAUGUCAAACUAGUUAGCUAUGGUGUGGGUCCUCUGUAGAUCCUAAUAAGGACUGGAUACUGCUGAACCAGGAAAGGUACAGUGCAGCUUUCUACCUGGGAGACAGAGCCCAUCAGAGACUUUGAGAGGUCUGCAGUAUACAGCUUUCUACCUUGGAGACAGAGCCCAUCAGAGACUCUGGGAGGCCUGCAGUAUACAGCUUUCUACCUGGGAGACAGAGCCCAUCAGAGACUCUGGGAGGCCUGCAGUAUACAGCUUUCUACCUGGGAGCAUCAGAAACUCUGGGAGGCCUGCAGAAUACAGCUUUCUACCUGGGAGACAGAGCCCAUCAGAGACUCUGGGAGGCCUGCAGUAUAGGGGCUGGAGCUCCAGGUCCAGAGACAAAGGAAAAGUGUCUGUCUCCUCUGAAGAUUUAAGGCUUCCUUUCCAAGUGACUCAGAAACAAGGCGGGUGGGAUUCCAUAGUUCAGGAAUGGGGACUGUAGAGCAGAAUUGUCCUCUCAGUGGACCUCAUGAUGCUUUUCCUCAGGGAGAUAGCAUCUCUCAUAAGCUCUCCAAAUACAGCUUACUGAACAGAGGCUCCUGCAGUGCCGAGGGGAACCAUUCUUGUCUUUUUCAAUGCCCUAUCUCCCUCUCAGGCUAUCCAAUGUGCUGUGAGCUUGGAAGGAGUGGUUACUGGGCCACAUGAAAGAGAUUCUCACUAGGGUCACUUUGAUGUACGGCUCCAUCUCCUCCCCUCAUCAAGGCCAGUGCCGGGGCCUCCCUAGGGUGGGCCAGGUAAAGUUCAGCAGCUUGUUCUCAGAGCACAGAGGCAAAGCCGGAAAGCCUGAGCCUGCUUGAGGUGUUGCCUCCUCCCAGGUGGUGCGGGGGCUGGCGGGCGGGCGGGCAGGCGUGCUGACAGCCGGCAGUUUGCGUGGGCUGUGCCAUCUGAUGUCUAUUCCCAGCCCUGGGAGGAAGGGGAGUCAUUUAUAUUCUGCAGGAAGAAGGGACCCAGCUGUCGUUUCCUCUGACCAGUGAGCCUGGAGGGCAUCAGUGCAGAGCAGAGAGGACACAGGUAGCAGUGGUCUCCUGCUUAGGGAUCUGACCACAGUAUAGGGAGGUCACCAGGAUGGUUGGUAGGCCAGAUUUGGGGAGGGGGGCUACUUUCCUCCCCUCCUGUCUUUCCAUUUCUCCAUCACCACCUGCCCUCACAUCCUGGGGCAGCAGCUGGACAACCAUUAGACCUCAGUGCCAGGGUCCUCUUCCUCCAGCUGGGAUCUGUGGCUGCCAGCUGCAUAUGUCUCCUGGCUGUGGGCUCCCUCUUUCCCACACCCUCUGCCCCUUCCUCUUUGUAUCUUCCAGUGUCUGGAUGCUACCUAGGCUUCUCAGCAGUGAGGCAGGGACCGGAGGGGGACACACAUGGCUGUCCUUUGCCAGUGUUCCUUGACUAGGGAAGCUGCUAGUAGUCAGCCUGUUUUGCUUUUUAAAGUGGGACGGGGGAUGACACUCAGGAUGCUCAAGAUUUAAAAGUCGCCCAUCAUUUGCACAAAUUUCCAUAUCGUGCUAAGUCCUGAUUCCAUAUUUGAUUGUGUUCCAAGCUCGAUUAUACUCAGACUCAACCUUGAGGGCAUUAGAAAGAUAGUUUUGUAUCAAAUCCAAAUGGUAAUGGGCAUACUGUUCAGGUCUGGAGUCCUCUCAGGGGCCCCUUUGUUCCCAUGCCCUCCCUUUCCUUGGAGUCCCACUGGGGCUGGGGGUGGCAGGAAUGAAUGACAGGAGCUUGGCAUCUGAGAACUCUUGCUUCCUUCUCUGGCUGUCAUCCCCAUCCAGGAUAGGCUGCUAUCACUUGCCAGCCUGUGCAUGCUCUCCCCGUCCCAAGGCAGGCCACCCUUCCUCCAUGACACUGGCCUGCCCUGUCUCUCAUUGUCCCCACCUUUCCACCCCCAUGCAUGGCUGCUGUGGGUCUUGUUUUUCAAACCUCACUGUGGGAGAUCCAGGCAUCCCCCCGAGCCAGCUGGCUGCUGUGCCAAGGCCUGUUCAGAGUUAAUAAUAAUCAUUAGUUGAAUGGUGCUGGGGCCUUUCACUCCAGAUCUCUAAGCACUUGCAGGCUGAGUCAGCCAGCCUUCACCUUCCCCCUCUUCCUGGGUUUUGGCGUGUAACAGCAUGGGAAGACACUGUGAGAGAGGGAAUCAGGAUUCUUGCUGCCUGACCACGCCUGAGGAUUUUCUCUGAGAGUAAGCAGUAAGGCCAAGGAACACAGAGAAUACAGUAUGCUCAACUGAGACCACCAUGGCUGUGAUAGCUGAUAACCCCAAGCCUCUGGUACUCCUGUGUGCUUGCUUUGGCCUCUGUGGGGCGUUCCAUAUGAAUGCCCUUAAGCAAGCUUAGAGAGCGAGAAAGUUUCUGGGUUAGUACCCCCCGCCCCAAUACCCUUGUCUGUGACUGGCACAGAGAACCUGUGUGUCACCAUCUGAAAGGUGUGUCAGCCCGGACCCCAGGAAAUCCGACGUGGCAGUGUCUCAGCUCCUAACACUGGGUGGCUUAGGCAAACCAUUUGCUUCUCAUCCUACCUCACAGGGAUGUUGUGAGGGCUAGACAAAAGGACAAGGUUCAAAGCAUUAAAAAAUGGAAAGCA